UAAUACAACACAACACACUCACCCAUCUCUUCACAGAACACUCUUAGUCUCAUUUCCACCACUACACCCUACCGGCGCAACCCUCAGGCCACCGCGAGCUCCGUCCAUCGACCACCGUACAAUAACCAGCUCUCACCUAUCAAUCUGCCACCGCCUCCUCCUUUUUCUUCAACUGUUGGUGCGUUCUAUUCUUCCCAGUUUUCUCUUAUGCAAAACCCCUAGAUUUAUAAACAAACCCUAAUCUCUUUUUUUCUUUUCAUUUCAUGCAAUUGAGGAUUUAAAUAGCUUAUUCAUUGGUUAAAUUGAUGAAUUCUCCAAUUUCAGUUUCCCUCAUUGAUUGAAUCAUUUUCCACACUUUGCACAUUUUUCAUGUUGUGCUUUGUGAUUCUAAAAAAUCAUGGCUUUUCACGUAGAUUCACCUCAAUUUUCACGUUUAAAAGAAAAUCACUAUGUUAUUAUUCUUCUUCAACACAAUUACAACCCAUAUCUCAAACUAUGGUCCAAAGGGUAUGUUCAUUGGUGUGUGAAUCUUAUAAUCAACAUGCCCACAUGAGAGUUUCAUCUCAAAGACUCCAUUUUGGGAUUGAGGUUGAUUUUUUAACCCAUGAACAAGCUGUUUCCGUUGUUGCUUCACUUGCAAGUGAUGCUGGUUCAAUGGUGACUCUUAGUUUCUUCCAUUGGGCUAUUGGGUAUCCUAAGUUUCGACAUUUUAUGAGACUGUACAUUGUGUGUGCCAUGUCGUUGAUUGGGAAUAGGAAUUCGGAGAAAGCUUGUGAAGUUAUGAGGUGUAUGGUGGAGAGUUUUUCUGAGGUUGGGAGGUUGAAAGAGGCUGUGGAGAUGGUUAUUGAAAUGCAUAAUCAGGGUUUGGUUCCGAAUACUAGGACGUUGAAUUGGAUUAUCAAGGUGACGAGUGAAAUGGGUUUGGUUGAAUAUGCAGAGUUGUUGUUUGAGGAAAUGUGCGUGAGAGGGGUUCAACCAGAUUCUAUUAGCUAUAGGGUGAUGGUUGUUAUGUAUUGUAAGAUUGGCAACAUUUUGGAGGCUGAUAAGUGGUUGAGUGUCAUGCUUGAGAGGGGUUUUGUGGUUGAUAAUGCAACAUUUACGUUAAUAAUUAGCAGAUUCUCUGGAAAGGGUUACACAACCAGAGCAUUAUGGUAUUUUCGUAGGUUAGUUGAUAUGGGUUUGGAGCCUAAUUUGAUUAAUUUCACUUGUAUGAUUGAAGGUUUGUGCAAACGGGGUAGCAUAAAGCAAGCAUUUGAAAUGUUGGAAGAGAUGGUUGGUAAAGGUUGGAAACCUAAUGUGUAUACUCAUACAUCAUUAAUUGAUGGUCUUUGCAAGAAAGGAUGGACUGAGAAAGCGUUUAGGUUGUUUCUUAAGCUUGUUCGAAGCGAAAAUCACAAGCCAAAUGUUCUUACAUAUACUGCCAUGAUAAGCGGGUAUUGUAGAGAGGACAAACUAAACCGAGCAGAGAUGCUACUGAGUCGAAUGAAAGAGCAGGGAUUAGUACCGAACACCAACACUUACACAACUCUCAUUGAUGGGCAUUGCAAAGCAGGAAAUUUUGAAAGAGCAUAUGAUUUGAUGAAUCUAAUGAGUAGUGAAGGUUUUAGUCCUAAUCUAUGUACAUAUAAUGCCAUUGUUAAUGGCCUUUGUAAAAGGGGAAGGGUACAAGAGGCUUACAAAAUGCUUGAGGAUGGCUUUCAGAAUGGUCUGAAACCUGAUAAAUUCACCUAUAAUAUUCUAAUGUCUGAACAUUGUAAACAGGAAAAUAUCAGGCAAGCAUUGGCGUUAUUCAAUAAGAUGUUAAAAAUUGGUAUUCAACCUGAUAUUCAUUCAUACACCACAUUGAUUGCAGUCUUCUGUCGGGAAAAUAGAAUGAAAGAAAGUGAGAUGUUUUUUGAGGAAGCUGUGAGAAUCGGAAUUAUUCCUACAAACAAAACUUAUACAUCAAUGAUAUGUGGUUAUUGUAGAGAAGGAAAUUUGACUUUGGCUAUGAAGUUUUUCCAUAGGUUGAGUGAUCAUGGCUGUGCCCCGGAUUCUAUUACGUAUGGCGCUAUUAUAAGCGGGCUUUGCAAACAAUCAAAGCGUGAUGAGGCUCGGAGUUUGUAUGACUCUAUGAUAGAAAAGGGACUUGUCCCAUGUGAAGUUACUAGGAUAACGUUGGCUUAUGAAUAUUGUAAGGUAGAUGAUUGUUUAUCUGCUAUGGUUAUUCUAGAAAGGCUGGAAAAGAAACUCUGGAUCCGGACGGCUACCACCUUGGUCAGGAAGCUUUGUAGUGAGAAGAAAGUAGGCAUGGCUGCACUGUUCUUUAAUAAGUUACUAGACAUGGACCUUCAUGUUAAUCGUGUAAUAUUAGCAGCAUUUAUGACUGCAUGCUAUGAAACCAAUAAUUAUGCUCUUGUUUCUGAUUUGUCUGCAAGGAUACACAAGGAAAAUCGUUUUGAAAUCAAAGUCACAAAAUAACGGGAAUAAAAAGUACUAAGAGAGCUUCGGCCUCCUUGUUGAUCCUACAUAGCUUAACUACAGAUUAAUCAGAGACCAAGGUUGCUUUUGGAAAGGAGGGGUUCAGACCAGAAAAAAGUCAACUUGCUUUCUAAUGCUGGCUGCACCUGAACUGUGAACAAUAAGAUCUUGUGUUUAAAGAAGUAUUUGUCGGAUCUUCAGCUUGAAUAUUGCAUUAACUUGUAGAUCAGCAUUUUGAGGUCAUGAAGGAAAAAAAUUGUGUAACUUCUCAGGUAACUUACAUAUACCUACCUCUCCCCAUUGGAAUUUUAGAAAUUUUGAAAUCUUAAAAUGGUAUAGUUUGUCUCAAAAUUUGAUGGUUUAUUGAUUUACUUUACUGUUUAUCAUUCCAUUUAAGUGGCAGUGACAAUGUUGUCAAGUCAAAUUGCUGCUUGGGACCAUGACAUGGUGGACACUAUGCCAUCCACCAUAGGCCGCAAUACGUAUUUUUGCCUUGUUUCCUACAUUGUUGGUGAUACAUAUGUAUAUGGCGGGUUUUUGGCUGACUCCCAUAAUCUACCCUCCACCAUUGAUAAGAAUAAGAAGUGGACAGAAAUACAGCAUACAUAACAGCAAGAAUGGGCUUAUUUCAUGCUCUCUUUUGCUGAAGCUUUCUCAUAACAAGCGUGGACUCUUUUUAAUGUCAUAUGUAUUUAACCUGCACUCUAUUUUUGCUCUCUGUAUAAUCUCAAUUGAUGGAAAGGGAAAAUAGUUUGAGUGAAAUUGUAUGCCGUUGUGGGGUAUCUUGAUGAUGUAUUUAUAUCACUUUAUAUUAAUGAAACUUUUGCUCAGAGGUUUCUGACUUUUAUGCAAUAAGGAUUUGAAAAUUCUGUGUUUACAUAAUUACACAAUUGAGCCUUGUUUGUAGUUGUUCCAAUAUACACUAUUUUACAUGAUUACUUAAUGGCAUAACCCACCCUCAUAGUCCUAUACAAAGCUUUAGCAUGUGACUUACAGAUGCUGAACCAAAACAUAGUUAGAUUAGAUAGUACCUUUCACUGUUGUCAAAUGUCCAUACGCACACUGUUACACAGAAAAACUACACACAAAUAAAUAACUAGCAAAUGUUAGAAAGAACCACUAAUUGGAAGAGUGACUAGUUAGUAACAACAUAUAAACACAAAUAAACAGAUCAUGUAAGUUCAACUCAUGGUAAAAGGCGGAAGAGACAUUUGAUAUGAUAGGAUGUGGAUUCGAACAGGCAAUUCCCCGAUUCUCUGCAGUUGGUGUGUAUGAGUUUGGCCGCUAGACUACAAAUAAAAAUAAAUAGACGACGUUUUGGAAUGCAAAACUAAUAUUUGAGAGAACAGAGACAACUUGACUAACAGAGUUUUGGUUUUCAAAUAAAGACAGUCAACUUAAAACCACACAUCCUAUAUUGACAGUCACAGAAUCUACAACAUAAAAUCACAGUUAAUAAAAUAAUUAGUUAGCAAAAUCUAGGAUCUGGGAGAAUAAAAACCUAUUCAACACUUCAGCCUUUAGCCAAGUAUACUUGGCAAUAGAUUUGAAAGCUGAAAAGUAAUUUUCAUACAAUGACCUUUUUGUUAAAUUAUUUUAUCAGAUCAGAACAGAAUAGUCAUUAAUUGUUGCUAAUUGCACUGGCAGUACAGCAGCUCAUGCUCUAGGAUACUAUGCCCUAAUAUUUUUGGUUUAACUCGGCUGCCCUCAUCUAGAAAGAAGUAUUUUAUGUUCCAUUUGUUCUGUUACAUGAAGUAGAAUAUUUUUAGCCUUAAGUUUGUGUUAGAGCAUGGUUUGGAAAACCCUUGAUGAAAUUUGAAGGAAACAAGUCAAGGUCAAAGUCAAUAGCUAAUGAUGUCGGUGAGGAGGUCGCUGUAGAAGGCUCUGGAAUGGGGAAGAGGCAUAAUGAAGGUCCAUGUUUGGAGAAUGCAACUGUAAGUAAAUGAAUUGUAAUCUUGACUUGUGAUCUUAAUUUACUUACAUUUACAUGUAUUUGAUGUUAAGGGAGGGAUGGUGAUUUGGUACAAUAUGAUAUGGCAGGAUUCUAGUUUCUAUCACCUUUUGUAUCUUUUUUAUCAUUUGUAAGUUGCAACCGUGAGUUCUCCAAAACUUGAGUUAAGAUAUCUUUUAACUUGUCAGUUGUAUCUUAAUAUACAAAACUUAUUCCACUCAGUACCACUUAUACUAUCAUUUUUCAUGUAUCUGCUUUUAUUUUUCUUUUGGUACUUUAUCCAUUCAGAAAUAUAUUAACUCACUAUUUUAAAAAUUUAAAAUUUUGAAUUUCAAUAACUACUGUAUAAACUUAAUUUCAAUAACUACUGUAUAAACUUAUUUUGUUUAUGUAGUUCAAUGAUGAACACAUUGAUAUCUCUGCUAUAUAACACAUUCCAUACACUAGAGAUAUCACUCGAUCGUCACCAAAGUCGCUUUCAAAGUCUAUGAUUUGGAAGUUGCUUUCUUAUUUCUAUUCUGAAGAAUGUUGAUCUAUUCUGAUUUCUGAUUGACAUAAAACAUAACACCAGCAAGUUGUGGACAAAAAAAUCUUGAUACUUGAAUCAGCUCAAGGUCCUCAUCUUGUUUUGAUGUUGCCCUAAAUAGAUUUGACAGUAAAAGAAAUAGAAUAAACUCAUGAAAAUGGUGAUGGUAAAUGAUUGACAUUAGAUUAAUUUCUAAUGCAGGAAACAAGAGAAAAUAUGUUUAAUAUGCUUUCAUAUAGGUUGUAAGCUAUUUUAAUAAGUUAUCAUUAGUAGUUUAUUGCAAGAAGUUGAGAAUAACUUGUGGAUAUUUCAUAAGCUAUUAAUUAGCUCUCCAGAGUGCUUACACCUGUACUUUUGUCAUAAGAUACACCAAACGUAGAGGAGAGUACGGUUGGAAGCUUGCACUUCAACAUAUAAAAUGUCUCUACCGUCUUUUACUAUUUCUAAACAUUAAUAUUAUUCUCCUAAAAUCCUCCUAUGAAUAUCUACUAUACUAUCUAGAAAAAUUAAUGUCUGUUUUUUUUACAAUUUUGCCCUUAUUAGGGGUAUUUUGGUAAAUCACAAAUUGGAGAAGAGGUGACUAUAUAUGGUCAUUUAACAACAUUCCCUCCAUUUCAUUCCUCAUUUCUCUCUCUAAAAUUUCAGAUUUUUCUCUCCUCCCUCUCUCUAACCUCACGCCUCCCUCUUCCUUUUUCCCCAAUUCAUCAAAAAUCAUCAUUUCUUUACUAAACCAACUUAUAAGGAUGUUUUAUGAACCUUUGGAGCUUAUGGAGAGCUUGGAUUCUCUAUCUUUUCCCUCUCUUGAGAAAGAUUGAAGUUAGGGUUUGGAUAGAGAAGUGGUGUUAAGAGCUUGUGACAACAAUUGGAAGUUAUCUGAGAUCUAUAUUCAUUUUUCCAUGUAGAUUCUACUGAAAAUGUGUUUUGAAAAGGUAGUUCACAUGGAAGUACGUUGGUUUGAUGAAUCUAAGCAUUCAAAUGGAGCAAGGCUGUCUACUGAUGCAGCUUUGAUUCGAGCGUUGGAUGGUGAUGCACUCGAUUUUUUUCUUUUGUAAUUGAACUUUGAACAAGUUAUGACUCUAAGAUGCUUCUGGGUAUUGGUUUGUAGAAAAGAAGAUUAAGGGGAAGUUGAUUGGUGAUGCUUGAGAUGCUUAAGGGAUAUUAAGAGUUGGUUCAAGGUGAUUUUAUGCUUAAUUUGGAGCAAGUUUGAGGUAAUUUUCUGCAAAGUUCAGAGCUGGUUUUUGCAGCUGGUACGUAGCGGGUUUCACAUAGUAUGCACGAGGUUGCAACAAUAUGAGAAUUGAAGACGACAUUGAAAGAUGGAACAUUGAAACGCUACUAUUUCUUUCAUCAUUGUUUGGAUGCUUGAUAGCUUUAGGAGAUUGAUGGUGUAAUUUUGUUUGUGUAUUGAGGCUUCUAUUUUAGUAUAAGAAAGCUCGUGAAAAACAGACUUUUAGCCUUUCUUGAGUUUAGAAUAAGAAAGCUCGCGAAAAAAGACUUUUAGCCUUUCUUGAGUUGUAUGUGUUAUGUACUACGGAGUGUUAAGUAUGUGAUAAUGUAGCUCCAUUGGAGUUGUUCCUAUGUACUAAACUCAAUACUUUGUAUGUGAUCUUAUGGCAAAUGAUAGUGUGGAAUGUCUACAA